AUGGAGUUAGAGCUGAAUCAUUAUAAAAAGUAUAUAUGCAAUAUGGCGGUGGAAAAACAGGAUGACGGACUGCUGAAAUCACAGCUAUUGAAAUGUCAAGUAGACUAUGCUCAACUUCUGAAGGAAAAGAAAAGCUGUGAAAUCAACUUGGAGAGCCAACAAUCUGAAAUUCAAAAAUUAAAAUAUGCCUUCGAGCAAUCUCAGCAGCAACAGAUACAGCUGGGGAAAAACAUCCAAUCUAUGAGAAACGAUUACGGAUCACUUAAAAGUUGUUUGAAAGAAACUGAACAAAAAUUGGAAGCGGAACAGGGAGAAGUCAAUAAGUUAACAGAAUAUUUGGAAAUUUCUAGAUCACAACUUCAAGUAAAAAACAGCGAGCUAUCGAAUAUAAUACAUACAGCGAAUAACGUGGAUUAUUAUGAGACGGAAAUUCAACGUUUGAAAGGCAAUUUAGGGAAUGCCCGUCAAAUACAAGCCUUGCUGUUGAAUAACAAUGAAGAUUUGACAAAGAAAAAUGAAGAACUGAACACUAAUCUGAUGAAUAUUACCGAUCAGUUAAACGAGAACAAGCAUGUUGCCAGGAAAAAUGAAGAAGAAUAUUCAAUGAAGUUAGAAGAAAUUUUCAAAAACUUCCGCACUGAGAGAAACCAAUUGUGGGAUGAUAUGAUGUUUUAUAAAAACAAAGUGGAUUUCCCAGCGUCUUCACCAAAUUGGGAGUCUCAUAUAACCAAACUUGAAUCUCAGCUGAAAGAAUCAUCUGAAAGAAAUCAAAAGUUACAACAAGAAAACAGUCAUCUUCAAUGUAUAAACGAUCCAGACGACUGCUCCAUUUGCUACGAACAGCUGCCUCUGUCGAGGUGCUUGACGGAGAAUUGUAAAAAGAAUUAUCACAACAAAUGCAUUAUUCGACAUUUUCAAGGUAAAGGAGAAGAGGAUCAAAAAUGUCCUUAUUGUAACAAACGAUCAGUGAAAAUCGGAAUAGAUUGUUUGGGAAGAGAAAAGGAUUGA